UUCUAUGACUACGUUUCUGCAAGUAGGUGUAGUAUGGAAAAUUAGGAAAAUGCAUUUCUAAUGUUUUAGCAGUAGCCCCCGAUUUAACCCAAUAAUCGAUGAUUUUAGUCAGAUUCAAAGAGAUUCAAUAGGUUUGAUGGGCGGACAUUAAAAAUUAUUUUAUCUAUUUCAUUUCUUUUUGACAGUCUAAUAAUAAGCUAGUUAUUUGUAGCAAAGACAAAGACAUCUCUACUGUUUACUUACUCAACAACAUGAAAUUCUUCAUAUCCCAAACCGGAAUCGUCGCUAUCCAUGUUUACUGAUCACUUGAGAAUUAUAAUUUCUACACUAGAAAUCCAUAAAAGCAAAAAGCAUCCAUUAAAAAGAUAUAUUUCACUAUCGGGCUGUUGUUUUUUAAGCUGUCCUCACCUUCUGACGCUCUAGCUCGAAUGGUAACGUGAGCUUUCAGAUGCAUAAUAAAGUGACCUUGUCUAAUUUCACUAUCGGAAACUUGAUCGGAAACUGCUCCUUUGCAGUCAAGCUGGAACUUUUGCACAUUUGUAAUCGUACGUGAAAAUUCUCGCAUUUAGUUCUGAAUUGUAUAAUUCUUAUGUCCUGCUAUUUCGGAAACCAUCAGAUUAACUCAAAAAUCCUUGAAACGAGAUCAGCAUAAAAUAGGCCCAAACCCCGACACAUAAUGGUUUUAGAAUCAAUCAUUUUAUAUUUUUGCUUUGCAAAGCUUUUUAUGAGAAUUGUUACACAAGAAACCAAAGAAACUACUUCCUGAAUACUGCCGGUAGCUCAGUCACAAAAACUUAACAGGUCUCAUUGUCAAAUGAAUUCUAUUUAUAGGAAAUUGUAAAAUUAAAUUUGAGCAUUAUAAGCUUGCAGCACGAGUCUUAUGAUCUGAAUAUAAAUUUCAUAAAGAGGAAUGGCUGUACCAUCUUGCUGAUUUGCCCUAAACAAUCUCCAAAUUUAACAGAAAAAGUAUCACGAUUAAGAUGAAUUCAUAUUAAGAUGAAUUGAACACCGGUUCAACACUUUAUCAUAAAUCUUAUAGUAACUUAACACACUUAACCUAUCUCUUAUUUUUAUAAUGUCAGUUCGCAUUAUUUUCACACAUCUUUCUAAACGUUUUUCUUUUAAACCUCGUAAUAUCUACAAAAAGCUAAAAGCUAGCAGUGAAACUAUGUACCAAGAAAAACGUCAAUAGCAAGAAGACUCUUGACGAAUAUUCUGGUGAAAUUAAAUUUAAUCGUCAUGAACGGCGUCUGAAAAAAGUUUUCUACAUGUAAACAUGUGAUACAUGACCUGGGCGUUACUUACCAUCGCUACAGCCUUUGUUUAGCUUUUCGGCUUCCUUGGCCUUACAACUGUAAGAGAAAUCAGGAAAAUAUACUUAUAAUCAUACCGUGUACUGAGCAAGCAAAUGAUCACUGAUUUACCUUUAACUUCUUUCCCAUCGACAACGAUUGACUCUACAAUGCAGCUUUCUGUUAUUCGUGCCAUGUCUCUGUUUUCGGCUAUUUUUUUAAGAUACUCAAGAGCUGUAACCGGUUUCUUUUCUUGCGUAUCGGGCAUCGUGUUACUAGAAUAUUUGUUUAGCAAUGGUCCGACUGUAGAGUGAAAGGCUUCUUGACCGACUGCAACUCUUCCUUAUAAAUAUCGGCUUCAAAUUUCGUACUUUCUCAGUUGGACACCGCACCGGACGGAUUGCUUUUAAGAGCAAAGAGAGUCCGACCUUGGUAUAUCUGUUAAAACCUGUUCUUCAUUGUUCUUUUUAAUUAGGAUUAUUUUUGGAAAAUAUUCCAAGGAACUACCUACUAGUUUUACCUUAUUUUCAAUCAUAUAUUUCAAUCAUUUUCAACGACCACCCACGUCAAUAAUAAGGAAAAGUCGCACACGAAUUAAUUACAAUCACACUAUAAAUCUGUAAUUUAGUUUAUAAAGAAUCCACGGGUAGGGUGAUUAGAGUGAUGGGGCUCAAAGCCGUGUGCAGACUUGUUAGUUUUUUAGCACGAUAUAGAAAAGUCCUUGGCUUAUUAGUGGAAGUCGGCAGAGUAGAUAUAUCCGGUAGUCACGUGCUCGAAUACGGAAAUGAUCGAAAGUGAUGACAAACGAUACUAGAACCUUAGCUGUUCGGCAAAAUCUUCCGAUACUUUCAAAAUUUAAAAUUUAAACUCCGCCAUACAUGAACUCAACGAUUUAAUAAAAUAGCUUUCGAUAUCAGAAAAGUAUUAUUUUAGUAUUAUUUUUGUUCAAGCGUCAAUUUCUUUUGCCAGUAUUUCUAUAGUCAAGAUUUCUAAAAACAAGAAAGAGACUAAGAUAGAAUAAACGUUUAUUUUUGUAGUUAUCUAGUUAUUAAAGGUGAAUCAAUUUAAAAGAAUUACUCAUAGAUUUUACUCAUACCUUGAAAGUGCAAUUCAUAUUUUCCGGACUUGAGAUGGUUGAAAAGCAGUUAUAUGAGUAUUCUUCUGCCUAAAAAACUAAAGUACUUUCGCCCUACGUAAAUGUUUUUUUGGUUUAAUUUAAUUUAAGGUUUAUUUCCAAGAUGAAUCUGAUGCUUUUCCUCCGGGAAAACUCGUGAUGACACGCGCUGUGAUUGGUCAGAGAUUUGGCGCGAAAUGUCCAAUUAAUUUUUUGGAACGGUCAAAUUUCAAUCGCUUGAUUAGUGUUAUCGUAUGUAUUGCUGUCAGAACAGUCAAAAAUCAAUCAAAAACAUGGAUAUAGUUAUAUCGAGCGACGCUCAUCAAGGCGACCGAGAGUAUAUGGAAGACCUAACUUCAACAAUUCACGAACGUGUCAGUUUUGCCGCGGGUAACAUCGACCAAUAUUAUAUUGCUGUUUAUGAUGGUCAUGGAGGUAGUGAGGCGGCUUAUUUCGCAAGGAAAAUGCUGUGGAACACGAUCAAGAAACAACGAGGUUUCUACUCGAACGAUCCAGCUCAUGUCGUGAAAGCUAUCAAGGAAGGAUUUCUUGCUACUCACCGAGCGAUGUGGAAGGAGUCAGAUAAGUGGCCCAAAUAUAAGUGCUUUUGGCCAAGUACUUCAGGAACUACGGUGUCUACCGUUAUAAUCCGUGGGAGGAGAAUGUUCGUUGCUCAUGUGGGUGACUCAGGCGUUGUGUUGGGAAUUGACGAUCAUGUUUCAUCUAUAAGAUCACAUAACCUAACAGAAGACCAUAAGCCGGAAUCUCCCGAUGAAAAAAAACGUAUUGAAGCUUUAGGGGGUGCAGUUCUUGCAAGAAAUGGCACUCAUCGUGUGGCCUGGAAACGCCCAGUUCUAAAACAGCAUAGUGGACCCUUUCUGCGAAGUACCAAGACUGAGCUAGUACCCUUUUUGGCUGUUGCUAGAUCGUUAGGGGAUUUUUGGAGUUACGAAGCUCUCCAUGACCAGUUUUGGGUGUCUCCACUUCCAGAUGUCAAUGUAUACGAUAUUAACCCGGAUGUUCAUAAGUUUAUCAUCGUAGCGAGUGAUGGAUUAUGGGGUGUGGUACGACCUAAUAAAGCUGUAAGAUUCGUCCAGAAGACAAUCAAAGAUGUCAGUGAUCCAUUGAAUGCAGAUGUUUCUCAUAAAUUGGUGGCCUUAGCAAUGUCGAAAUGGAAAAAGAGAAAGACACGUGCGGACAAUACAAGCGUUAUUGUUGUGUUCUUUCAAGAAGGAGAAAAUCAACCAUGUAACCUGUCUGACCAACAAAAGUCAUCAGUGUCUCAAACAAACACCGAUACCGCCUCUGUUGUCAGCGUUGAGACUCCCCGUUCAAUGUAAUGAACGUUCAGUUGCCCUAAAUAAAUAGGCCAGUGUAGCAGAAACUUAGAUGUGAAAAACGUUCGGAUUCAAAUGCAAUUCUCCUUUUCUGAAAGUGUUUGAUAUUUCUAUUGUCCAAGGAUGUAAUAAGAACAAGCAGUGAAGUAUUCUCAGACUAGGUUUUAUACAAAAUGUAUAGUCGAUAUGACCGAGACCCAUAGUGCCAUAGUACAACCGGAGUAGUAUCUCGAUACUUAGUUUUAUACUUUUUACGUUUGUGGUAUGUCGUUAUUAAAAAUUUUGUUAAACUAUAAUGUAGAAGAUAUCAUCAUAACAUUCACAGUUAAAGGAAAGAAAUACAUUUUAAGAAGAAAAAAGAAAUGAGGAAGCAUACAGUAAGACUCGAAAACCUGCCUGUAGAGUCCACAGUCGACACCUAACCAGACUAUGCCAACUCGUUCCUUAAUAAUAAUUACUAAUGCUCUUUUAGUUAUUUAAGCAAAUUUUAAUUAGCAUAAGCAAAAAAAAAUAAUAAGUAUUACCAUACACAAAAAAAGAUUAUUAGCAGCAUAAAAGAGCAAUUAAGAAGGUAAGAAGGACUAAAAAAGAAUUCCGUAGACACGCUACGUACAAACUAGUCAGUCAGUUUAACAAAGUGCAUUAACAGACGUAAAGUCACUUCAAGGUGAUUUACCGUGUGUUUAAGGUUUCUAAUACUAGCCGCUUUCUUCCUCAGUCGUUAGUGACAAGACUCCGACAGACCCGAUAUUGUAAGGACAAUGCCGUUCCUAUAUAACGAACCUCAGCAGAAUUCACUUAACGCCAUUUAUCCCUAGAAGAAUUCACUUCUUAAAUAGCCCAAGACAUCACAGUAGAGAAUAAAAAAGGAGUUGUACGUUAGUAAUGACAUUUCACAAAAAUCUUUUUAGUAUUUAAAUUGACACAUAAGAACUGUGAUUUAGUUUAAUCUUCACUGAAACCCUUGUGAAUGUUGUUUAAGCUUUAAAUUGGAUCAUAAAGAAAGUAUUGCUAUCAGAAGUUAAUUAUAAUCAGGGACAGACUAGACAAUAAUUAAAUUGUAGGUUCGUAAGAGCGUUUUGUUUUAGUUAGCGGCCAUCAAAUUUCGCCGUCGCGGCAGCAGACCUGACGAUUUUGAUUAUAAUUUUGACAGGUAAUAAGUCUUAACAUAAUUUUAACUUUUAUUCUAAGAGAAUUUUGAUAUCUGUUUAUGUCAUUCCAAAACAAUUUUUAAUAUUACAAAAAAAUAAAACGUAAUGGACGUUCA